GCGGUGUGGAGCGAUUGGCGUUCUCCUGUAUAUGGGAGAUGACCCCCGAGGCGGAGAUCGUGGCGGUGCGGUUCACCAAGAGCAUCAUUAAAUCCGCUGCUGCGCUGUCCUAUGUGGAGGCACAGGCGCGCAUGGAUGAUGAGCGGCACCCCACCCCGUCGCCCAACAUGUUUGAGCCGCUGCUGAGGACAGCAGAGGCGGUGGGGAUCUCAGUUGACACCUCCUCCUCCAAGAACCUGGCUGACUCGCUCGACCAGGCUGUGGGCCCUGACCCAUACUUCAACAAGCUCAUUCGCAUCCUCACCACUCGCUGCAUGACUCAGGCGGUGUAUUUCCCCAGCGGCCAAUUGGCCCCUCCGGAGUACCACCACUACGGACUUGGUGCUCCCAUCUACACCCACUUCACCUCGCCCAUUCGCCGAUAUGCCGAUGUGGUGGUGCAUAGGCUGCUGGCUGCAGCUAUCGGUCUCACGCCGCUCCCCGAUCAGACCAAGGACAAGAACGCACUCACAGCACUCACGGACAACCUCAACUACCGCAAUCGCAAUGCCCAGAUGGCGGGGCGAGCCUCAGUGGAGCUCCACACACUCAUCUUCUUCCGCACGCGCCCAACGGAUGCGGAGGGUCGGAUAGUGAUGGUGCGCUCCAAUGGGCUUAUCGUUUUCGUGCCCAAGUAUGGCAUAGAGGGGCCUGUCUACCUCAUACCCAAAGAGCCUCCUAAGGGGAAAGCUGUUGCAAUUGCUGCUGCCAGUAAGCUUGACGGCAAUGUGGCAUCAAGUGAUUGGGUGGUGGAUGAGAAGACACAGACGGUGGAGUCUAAAGACGGGAAGCAGUGGUUAAAGUUAACAUAUAGAGACGCACAUCGCUUACCAUCAGAUACAGCUGGUGCGGACUUCCCAGCUCACAGAUCUUCCCAGCUGCAAGCAAUACUGAGUCGCGGGGACCAGCUGUGCGGCACCAUGAGACACGCCCCCACAAUCGCGUUGCUGCUGACCCUAGGCGCGUUUCUGCUAGCAGCGCAGCCGUCCGAUGCAAGCCUAGAGUCAGCUUGGCGCCGCAACAGAGCAUGGCGCAACGGCGGCAGAAUCGACCCCCUUCAGGCGCCCGCAGCCGCUAGGGGCAUCGCGGGCAAAUCCCAGGCGGCGGACGCCGCCGGUUCCGCCGUGUACAUCGUGCGCCUGAGCACGGCACCUCCCCUCUCUGAAUACCGCGGCGGAAUCGCGGGGUACCCCGCCACUGCCACGUGGGACGACGGCAGCGACGAGGAGGAAAACUACGACGACCGCGUGCCGGAGAUGCUUCUCACGGCCAACGACUCCGAAGCAGCAGGCGGCGAAUCCGAUUCAGAGCCCGAGUCCGUCGACUUGGACGACACCAACGCCGAUCACCCCUUCCCCAACGCCACUGCGCCCGCGCCAGCGCCAGCCGAUGAGGCGACUGGAGGCUCUGCGACUGCCAGCGCGCGUGGCGGUGGCAGCGGCAGCGGCAGCGGCGGGUGCCCGCGUCACCGGCUGCGUCUGAGCAUGGACCGCCCCCAGGUGGCAGCGUUCGCGUCGCUGCUGCAGCGGCAGCAGGCGCAGGUGGCAUCUGAGGCGGGCGUGGGCGACGGCGACCUGCUGUACAGCUACAAGCACACGUCCAACGGCUUCGCCGCGCGCCUCACCGCGCGCCAGGCGUGGCGGCUGCAGCGCAACCCCGCCGUGGCGUCCGUGCGCCGCAGCCGCGUGUUCCAGCGGCAAACCAGCGAUUCGCCCAAGUUCCUGGGGCUCCCGGGGAAGGUGUGGCCCGCCGUGGGCGGACAGAGCAAGGCGGGCGACGGCACGGUGGUGGGAGUCAUCGACACGGGCAUCUGGCCCGAACACCCCUCUUUCUCCGACAAGGGGUUUAGUUCGAACCUCCCCUCGGGGUGGAAGGGUAAAUGCGAGCAGUCAAGCACGUUCCGGUGCAACAACAAGCUGAUCGGCGCCAAGGCGUUCUACGGCGGGUUUCAGCGGGCCAGCGGCAAGCCCGCGCUGGCCAACGAUUGGCUCACGCCGCGAGACGCGGACGGGCAUGGCACGUGGUGCGCGGGCGCGGCGGCGGGGAACCCGGUGGGGCUGCAGGGCGGCGGGCAGGUGAGCGGCAUGGCGCCGGCAGCCCGGAUCGCGGCGUACAAGGUGUUCUGGACAGACCGCAGCAGCGGGAAUAUGUAUGCGGACGAGUCAGACAUCAUCGCAGCCGUCAAUCAGGGCGUGUCGGACGGCGUGGAUGUGCUGUCGCUGUCCCUGGGGGGCUUGGAUCCCAACGACAACUAUUUCAACGACUUGGCUUUCAUGAGGGCCAACGCUGCCGGGGUGUUCGUUGCCUUUGCUGCUGGUAAUGCCGGCGCCCCUGGCCGGUCGCAGGGGGCUGGUUACCGCACAGUGGCGAAUUUCGCCCCCUUCUUCCUGACUGUGGGCGCCAGCACCAUCGCUCGAGGAGCGUCUCUGGCUUCGGCAGCAGCAGCAGCCGGCACUCAGUCGCUCCCGCUCAGCGCCAUUGCCGGUGCUGGCAGCACCAACAGCACUGUCAGCUGCAACGGCACAGGUAGCGGCAACAGCACAGGGAACGGGACUCUGCCUGGCGAUGGCAGCGCCAUGCCUGGCGGCAACUUCAGCUCUGCUGACGGCAGCAGCCUCACUUUCACUGCAGACGGCGGCAUCACCUUCGCCACCUCCUCCUCCUCCGCCCCUGUGGUUGCCGACUUCUCGUCCCGCGGCCCCCUCCUGCCGCCCUCGGCCACGGCGCAGCCCCCCCAGCCUGGCAAUGCCAUCCUCAAGCCUGACAUCAUCGGCCCGGGCGUGGACCUCCUAGCUGCCGCCCCCGGGAAGAAAAUCGGCGAGACCGGGGGCCUUGCCCGCCUGUCGGGUACCUCCAUGGCCACCCCGCAUUUGGCAGGGCUAGCUGCUUUAAUCAUCCAGAAAUAUCCCAACUGGAGCCCCGCGCAGGUGAUGUCAGCAAUGAUGACGACGGCGCGGGUGACUGACACUGCCAGCAGCCCCAUCAAGAGCUCCACCGGCGGGGAGGCGACCCCCUGGGAGAUGGGGGCAGGCCAUGUGUUUCCCCCGGCCAUGCUGGACCCCGGCCUCACCUAUGACGCCCGCGACAAAGACUACCAGAAUUUCCUGGCCGGGCAGGACCUGACUCGGGCAAAGAGGGAGUUCCCGGGGGUGUCGCUCUCCCCUCUGGCUGUGCGCAAUCUCAACCUCCCCACCAUCACUCUGCCGCGCCUGCAGGGCUCCAUUCAGGUGACUCGCACCGUCACCAACGUGGGAGGGUCCCAGUCCACGUACAGCGUAUCUGGGAAGGCGCCGGCGGGGGUGAAGGUGACUGUGGCGCCUAAGAGCCUCACGGUUGAUGCCGGGCAGAAGGCGAGUUACACGAUGACGUUCACCGUGGAUACACCCAGCAACGACUUCAAGUACGGGUAUAUAGUGUGGGCGGACAACCAGGGGCACGGCGUUCGAUCCCCCCUUGUGGUGCAGCCGCUCUCGCGCUAAGCAGCAGGGGAGGGGAGGGGGUCUCAUCCACAAGGCCUAUCAUUAGCAUUUGCAUUGGGUGGGGGGGAGCUGCCCUGGCUGCUGUCGGUUGAGAGCCCUGCCGGAUAUUGUUGACCAAGCGAGUGGUGCCACUCCUCGUGGCACAUGGCAUGGGUGAGCAUGUCGCAUGGACAUGCAGAGUUAGUAGUUCUGUUUAUGGGAGCCGGUGUUGGGUGUCGCUUAGCGUGUGUGUGGCCUUGACUCGUACAUGUUGCUUAUGCGGU